UUUCGCGGCGCAAGAUGGGGACUUGGCGGCCGGCGAGCCGGAGCCUCCCAGCAUGCCUUGCAGCCGGGCCCAGAGUCCCGACGUCUAGUGAUGGGGUGCCCCUGGUGCUUUCGGCCGCCAGAUCGGGUGUAGAGGUUGAAGUUGAGCCCCGGGCCUGGGAAUUGGACGCCCGCAGAGGGCAAGAUGGAAGCGUGGCGCUGUGUGAGGAGGGGCUACGGCCGCUGUGUGGUGGGGAGAGGCCGAUACCCCAUGUUACCCCAUCACCAGAAGAGUCUGGGCAGAGAUUGGACGACACCGUGGGAGAAUCUGCAAAGGUGUUGCUGGAACAGACAUAUUUCUAGUUGUAUGAGGUGGCCUGGACAUUAUUCUCGUGCUCCUUACCCAUACUUCAGUAGUAGGCAUUUUUCACUAAAUUGGAGACCACCUUGUUUGUUUGAGUCUAGAACUCCGUUUCAGUACUGGAACUGGAGACCUGACAACCUGAGCCAGACCUCUUUGAUUCAUCUCUCUAGUUACAUCAUGAACUCUGAGGGAGAUGAGCCUUCAUCAAAACGAAGAAAACACCAAGGCACAAUACAACGACAUUGGGAAUAUAUAUGUAACCAUAAUAAAGACAAGACAAAGAUCCUAGGAGACAAAAAUGUUGACCCCAAAUGUGAAGACAGUGAUAACAAGUUUGACUUUUCAGUGAUGUCCUAUAAUAUACUUUCACAAGAUUUAUUGGAAGACAAUUCACAUCUUUAUAGACACUGCCGGCGGCCAGUUUUACACUGGAGUUUUAGGUUUCCCAAUAUUCUGAAAGAAAUUAAACACUUUGAUGCAGAUGUACUUUGUUUGCAAGAAGUUCAAGAAGAUCAUUAUGGAGCAGAGAUCAGGCCAAGUUUGGAAUCUUUGGGUUAUCACUGUGAAUACAAGAUGCGGACAGGAAGGAAACCUGAUGGCUGUGCCAUUUGCUUCAAACAUUCCAAGUUUUCACUCUUAUCAGUGAACCCAGUGGAAUUCUACCGCCGUGAUGUUCCUCUGUUGGACAGAGACAAUGUUGGAUUGGUGUUACUCUUGCAGCCCAGAGUUCCGAGGGCUGCCUCUCCUGUGGUCUGUGUAGCUAACACACAUCUGUUGUAUAACCCAAGGCGAGGCGAUAUUAAGCUGACCCAAUUGGCCAUGCUUCUGGCAGAGAUUUCCAGUGUUGCCCAUCAGAAAGAUGGCAGCUUCUGCCCUAUCAUUAUGUGUGGUGACUUUAAUUCUGUUCCUGGUUCUCCGCUUUAUAGUUUUAUAAAAGAAGGAAAAUUGAAUUAUGAAGGACUUGCCAUCGGCAAGGUAUCUGGCCAGGAACAGUCUUCACGGGGACAAAGAAUUUUAUCUAUUCCAAUUUGGCCCCCAAACCUAGGUAUCUCACAGAACUGUGUGUAUGAGGUACAGCAGUUACCAAAAGUAGAAAAGACAGACAGUGAUCUGACACAGACAGAGCUGGACAAAACAGAGGUCCUAGUGACAGCUGAAAAAUUAUCUUCAAAUUUACAGCACCAUUUCAGCUUGUCGUCUGUUUAUUCACAUUAUUUUCCUGACACUGGAAUUCCAGAAGUGACCACCUGUCAUUCCCGAAGUGCCAUAACUGUGGAUUAUAUCUUCUAUUCUGCUGAAAAGGAAGAUGUUGCCGGGCAGCCAGGAGCUGAAGUUGCUCUGGUUGGUGGCUUGAAACUUUUGGCCAGACUAUCACUCCUUACGGAACAAGAUUUGUGGACUGUUAAUGGACUUCCAAAUGAAAAUAAUUCUUCAGAUCAUCUACCUUUAUUGGCUAAGUUCAGACUUGAGCUGUGACUCUUCUUUGAUUACAUAUAUACUUUUCUUUCCAAUUUAUAUUCUUUUUCAAAAAAAUGUAAAAUAUUUCUUGAGAGUUUGCAUGUUUAUUUUUGCGCCGUGGAGUUUCUGAAGAGGUUAUGUUAAAUGCUUGAAACAGAUGUCAGAAGAAACAAGUUUACAACAAUUUUCUUUGUAAUACCGAAAAAAUAUUUUCCUGACAAGUGCGAUCCAAACGCUCCUUAUUGUAAAAGAGUUGUAAAUAUUUUUUAUUCUACAUCCCAGUAAAAUUGACAGUGAUUUUUAAAUACAGUGCAUCCAUCCUCUUUAGUUAGUAAAGAAUUUCAGUUGAUGUUUUUGGCAAGCUUUAUGGUGGAUCCAAAGUGUCUUUGAGUUCUUGCAAACCACAACUCAUUUCCCUCCCAGAAGGCCUGAUUUCAUUGUGAGGACCAUCUGUUUGUUGAAUCCUAAUUAGUUCAUCUCGGAAAUCACAAGUGUCCAGGCAACCAGUUUAGCUUGGUUUUGAGGGGGCUUAUAGUGCUUUCUAAAAUUGUACAAAUUGCUUAAUCCGUCUUAUUACUCUCCUGAGCCGUGUACUAUGUCUGCAUUUUGUUGGGAGAUGUAGGUCACCAUUACUAGUAGGUGAGGUGCUGUAUACACGCCCUCUUUCCAUCCUGUGACAGACCAUUCCAGCAUGCCUGAGAGAGGCAAAGACUGGGUUAGAAUGCCUUUGUUUCCCUAAGCACUUUGCUUUUUGUGUUUUUUUCUUUUUUCUCUUCAGUUUCAAGAAGAGAUCCCUGGGUUGGGGGAGAGACUAUUUUUCUGAACCAGUUCUGUGGAAAUUCAUUCUAUGAGGAAACUUGUCUUUAGAACAAAGUGGCAGCUAUAAGAUUCUUUUGGUUUUGCCUUAGAUAUUUAGGAAGCCUGCAGAACUAGCAGGGAGAUACCAACUUGGAGACCUAAUACUCUUAAGUAGUAAUUGUAACCAUCUUAGUGGUUUUGUUUCUAAGAUGUUACUUUGUUUUCUUUUAUAAUAAGGCAGCAGUGUGAGGUGGUGCUGACAUUUUUUUGUAAAGUGGUUUAAGAGCAGGUCUAGUGAGUCCCACAGUUGGCGCUCUGUGAGUGUUUGGAUCAAACAUUUUAAAACAGAAAAAGUGAACAUGUCCUCUUUUUUUAGACAUUAGGAUCAAAGAAUUAUGCGCAUUUUUACUAAGUAGUAAUUUUAUAUUCAAUUAUACUGAAUUAUAAAAGUUUUUACAAUGGGUGUUCUUCAUAGAACACCUCAUCUUAAAUUAGAAAGCAGUAGUUACUCCAGGUCCUGGACUCUAAAGGUUUUUGUACUAAAGUAUAUUUACUACAGUUAUUUUUUAAGAAAAAAAAUCAAAUGACUACCUGAACAAGGCGUGUGGGUUAUAAGGAUUUACCUACUAAAAAUCAUAAUAAGUAUUUUUAAAUGUUUAAUUUCUCACUUUUUUGGGUUUUUACUUAUAGUAUUAACUGUAGUUCUAAGAUUUUCCACAUUUUCUAGUAACAGUCUGCAGAAUAUUGUAUGUUCUAAUUAGCAGAUAUUGUCAUCAUGAAAUAAUAGUAUAAUUAAUCCCUUUUAAUAUUGGGGAAAGAAAAAUGAAAAUUCAUUAAUUACUGCUUUGUGUUUAUGUGAGUUUAACAGAUAACUUUGUGUAUAGGUCAUUGUUGCUAAACUAACAUCUCUGAAAACUUCUGUGAAAAUUUAAUUUUUUAUGUCCUGAUCAAUAUAUUGAUUUUAGGCCCUUUUCAUGUGCUUCACUUUGUAGAGUUAAUCCAUAAAAAUGUUUUCCACUUUAGCCUUUAGAAUGUAAUAGUAUUUUGUGAACUGGAGGCCAAGAGGUCAGUCAAUGUAACCUUCUCACAGGUUUUUAAAGCUCCACUAAAAUUAACUAUCCAUUUGUCUUCACUUUUUUUUGGUCAGAAGAAUUGCUAACUCUCUUGUAUUUACCUGCCAAAAGCAUUUAAACUGUUUAAUUGCUGAAGCCAAAUCACCCCCAAUCUGAAGUGGUAUACUGGCCAAGUUUUAAAAUGGAAAGAGAUACUGUGGAGUAAGAAAUGUUGGUUUUACUAUACCUUUUGAUAUCAAGAUAAGAUGCAUGUUUGAAAUCUUGUCCUUUUUUUUUUGGAAUUUAGCACCUGUCUGCUUUUAACCCUUUGCUUUCCUAAAAAACCAAGUUAGAGAUCCAGAGAGUUCAAGGGUUGGGGAAACAGAGAAGUCAAGUUAUUUGCACUUUGUCUCUAUGAAUCACCUAAUAAAUUAUUACUCUAGUGCAUCUGUGCCUGGAGAUUUUGUGGUAGGUGUGCUAAGUGUGUAUGCUGGGCUGUUCCCCAUUCUAAACUACUUCAUUACCCUAAAGCCUAUAUUACUUAGGGUGAUGCUAAAAUCUAAGUGAGUUCAGAUGUGGCAAAACAGAAUAGUGUUGAAUAUAGGGUCUGGAAAUUGUGGAAGAAGACAAGGAUGAGGGAGUGAUAAAUGAGUUUACUGGGACAAGUAUGUAGUAAAAGGACAAGAAAAAAAUAAAUCACACCAUCUUACGUUUUUGGAAGAAAAAGAAUCCUUAAGUUUCCAGGAUGGUUUUAUUAAAGUCCCAUGCUGUGUAUAAACAUACAAGUGAUGAGAAAAACAUUAACUUGAAACAUGCACUUAUCUGGCAUUCUCUAAAAUACCAUUAUACAAGUUUUCCUUUACUUAGAAAAAUACCCACUAAAACAAUCACAGUUUUCCUUAAAGAUUUAAAAAAAAUGUAUUGGCCAGAACAAAGUCCAAGAGAAUAAACAAAAUUCUGAAUUGUGUGUCAAAAAAACUGUACAAGGUUGUACAUAAAACUAUAGCUUACAAAAAGCCUCGGGUAUAGUAAGAAUACAGAAUUAAGAUUUCCAAAGUUCUAUUUACCAAUAUCUAUUAAUAAAAUCCUUAUGAAAUAAUUGACUUAGAAAAAGUGAAAUGCUCAUGAUUUCAAAGUGUAUAGAAAAUACUAAAUAUCACUUUCUGAAAUAAAGUAUACU